CUCCAUUUGCCCGUCUUAAGGCAACUUUGACGCUUGCCCGUGACCUCCGAAAAAGAGUGGGAGUGUUUGCGGCGCGAGAGUGAGCACAGGGCUUACAGUGUGGAGAUGGAGAUUCCGAUGGACUUGCAUUCCAUUGUUCACUCCCUAAUUCCUUCCCUGAACUCGGUUGCUACACUACUUGCAUUCUUUAUAUACCUGGGCUUCGCCGUUUCUAUACUUCCCGGAAAGGUUGUUCCGGGCGUGAUCUUAUCGGAUGGCACCCGUCUCCAUUACCGCUGCAAUGGUCUGGCAUCACUCUUGCUGCUAGUUGGGCUUCUUGGUUUUGGGGUAGUGAUGAAUUUCAUCUCAGCUACGGUGAUAUCUAAUAGGGGACUUGAGCUUCUAUCGGCAACCUUAAUAUUCAGCUUUCUUGUGGCAUCAGUACUUUAUGUUGCUGGCAGCAAGUCACGUGAUCAGGGCUCAUCCCUAAAGCCUCAUGUCACGGGAAACUUAAUUCAUGACUGGUGGUUUGGAAUCCAGCUGAAUCCUAAGUUUAUGAGUCUGGACAUCAAAUUUUUCUUUGUUAGAGCUGGAAUGAUGGGAUGGCUACUAAUCAAUCUUUCAGUACUAGCAAAAAGUAUUCAAAAUGCCAGCCUGUGCCGAUCUAUGAUUCUCUACCAGCUAUUUUCUGUGAUAUACAUCCUGGACUUCUUUUUUUAUGAGGAGUACAUGACCUCCACAUGGGAUAUAAUUGCUGAGAGAUUGGGAUUUAUGUUGGUAUUUGGAGAUCUGGUGUGGAUACCUUUCACUUUUAGUAUCCAGGGUUGGUGGCUUUUGAGUAACAAAGUGGAUUUGACAACAGCUGCUGUUAUUGCAAAUUGCUUUAUUUUUCUGAUGGGGUAUUUGGUAUUCAGAGGAGCUAACAAGCAAAAGCACGUCUUUAAAAAGAAUCCCAAAAUGCCUAUAUGGGGUAUGCCUCCAAAAGUUAUUGGGGGCAAGUUGCUCGUGUCUGGUUAUUGGGGAAUAGCAAGGCACUGUAAUUACCUUGGGGACUUGUUGUUAGCACUGUCACUUAGUUUACCUUGUGGUACAAGUUCCCCAGUCCCAUACUUCUAUCCAAUUUAUCUUCUCAUUCUGCUAAUUUGGAGAGAGAGGAGGGAUGAAGCUCGUUGUGCGGAGAAGUACAAGGAAGUUUGGGCUGAAUAUUGUAGACUUGUUCCAUGGAGGAUACUACCGUAUGUUUAUUAGCAACAAGGUUCUUCCAACAUUGACAUCCAUUUGUUGCCAAUGUAGCAAAAUUGUAUCCAUUGCGUGUAUUAUUUUUCUUCUUCUUCUUCUUCUUCUUCUUAUUUUUUGCUGCUUCCAGAUGAGGAUUGUAACUGAAGAAAUAACUUUGCCGCCAUUGUUUUUGAAGUAGAUGUAAUUCAUAUGUUCAUCUGGAUAAGAAUUAUGCUAGAUGCCUUUUCUCGUGUUGUA